AUGAGUUUCUUUGUGGUCCCCCUGGUGUCCUACCAGACCCAGCAGAAGCUCAAAUCACAUAAGGAGAAAAAGAAGGCUAAGGAGAAGAAGAAGGAAGUGGAAAAGGAAUUGAAAAGAGAGGAACGUAGGCAUGAUAGUGAUGCUGCAAGCAUAAUGUCCAAAGGUAAAAAGACAAAACCUGGGUGGGGGUUACUUCAUAGGACAUCCACCAGCUCGAAAGCAUCCUCCACGGAUAUGAGAAACGAUUCUGAUUACAACGACGAUGCAAAGUCAGUUCAUUCCUCCUACACUACAAACCCACCUAAUGUGGCCCUGGAUCGUGAAGGCGUAACUUCUGAUGCUGAUGAUUGGGAGUCAUUGUACCUGGAUCAAGUCCUGAAGUCAAGACUGUAUACCAAUUUGACAAAAGCAAGAUCGGAGGAACCAGAGACAAGGCGUUUCAACUUGGAUGAGGUUUUGAGUGAGGGACAGUCAAGCCACAGGGAUUCGAAACAUUCAUUUGAUCGGAAAUCGCAGCUGCUGGAGCAAAUAUCAGAUUUGGACUCCCCAUCCAGUUCACUGACAGAUAUGGGUCAAUCUCUGUCGGUGUUGUCGAAUACAAACAGGCGUAGUUUGCCAGAAGAAGCAGAAAUCGAAGAGGACAAGUCCUCACUAAUAGCAAAUUCCUAUGGGAGAAGUGUAAAAUCAGAUACUUUCAAGCCACUUGGCUCUCACAACCGACAAACAUCGGUGGUACCCAAACAAACACAAAGUCGUGCAAUAUCUCCCUUGACUCCGAUAGUCCACUCAGCAACCUUUCAUUCAUCUACUACCCCGUCAGCUCCUGGCCCACGCCCACGUACAAACUCUGCCUUCACUACCACGUCAGCUCCUUCUGGCCAUUCACAGCAGCGAUACCCACUGAAUGCAGCGUUCCAUAGAAAUUCGUCGUCUUCAUCAAGCAAUACUACUCAGUCUCAACCAGCAAUAGGUUCCAAAGAAUCUUCCAGCAAGUUUAGAAAAUUGCAUUUCCUCACGAGCAAUACAAAAAAGAAGGGUGGUGGUUCCACGUCAUUACCUUCUCUGCCGGGUGCAAACUCACCUCGCCAAUCACCGGGAUCAAACCAACCAACCGAUUCCUACUUUCCUGAAAUGACAAACCAACCAGCAAGUACUUCGAUCCCGUCAUUCCACGUAAUAACUGACUUAUCCGUGUGUAAUUCCUUUGACACGAUCAAGGAAAAUUUCCUUAGUCCUCAAUAUCAAUUGUUUCGUUACAAAAACUUUCAGUCAUUGAUGAGUGAGUACCACUCGAGUGAUGCAAUACAUUUUGCCAAAAUUAGAAAUCAAUCAUUGUUGAAAUUUAUCGUGAGACAUAAGCGUGCAAGGGCAGUUGUUGAUGAGCGGGGCUAUUUUGAUCAAAAAAAUUACCGUGAUUUGGAUAGCACCGAGUGCAUAUUGGCGUACUUUUUGUUUGAUGAAAUGAGGAGCGAUAUGCGCAUGUUUAUCAAGGCCGCAUCAAAAAAUCACCCAUUGGCCAAUCAUGAAGAGUUGAUCCAAGCAAAUUAUGUCAAUUAUGUGCGUUACUUGAUACAGUUGCCUGAGGUGAGUAAUGUUGAUAUUUUGAGCGAGGAUGUCAAAAGACACUACGAAAACAAGCAGGUGUUUGAUAUUAUAGGGAAUUCGCUUUACUCUUUAAAGCAUGACGUUUCAAGCGAUGUGUCGAAUGAGAGUAACAGGGCAAUAAAAGCGAGACUUUUAUUGGAGUGCGUGAUAAAAGUAUCUUAUGAGUACUUUCUUCUCGAAAAGUACAGAUUUGACAUGAUAUCAAAGUACCAUGCUAAUCACUUGGUUCCAAAGAGACAUUUGGAAAAUUUAUUUGGCAUUUACAGGACUAAUGUCACACUAAGGAACAAGGAAUGUCCCAAGGUGUUGCUCUUUAAUGCAAUAAACUCGGCACAGUAUGGAUGGUAUCAUGCAACGACUGCACCUUUUGUGCGGUUCGUUGAAACCAGCGUUUAUGAAGAAGAUAUGGGGGUACUCCAAGAUUACAAUGUUUAUCAAAAACUUGAACAAGCGUCAAUCAAGACUGAUUUUGCACAAUCUGACAAUGAGUUGUACAAUUCAUCUGUACUGAAAUUAAACUUGUCUUCUUACCAAGAAUACAAUUCAAAGAGUAUGGAUAGUCUCGUUGCCUUGACGAAGGAACCUGAUAACAAUACCAAUGAGGGUAAGAUUAGUCACCCAGAAGGCGCAGCCGAGUUUGCAACUACAGUAAACCACAAGCCGAGAAACUUUGAAUAUUACAACCACAGUCUUGCCACGAUUCCGUCCAACUCAUUCAAUUUGAUCCAAACUGGCGACUUGCCAUAUCAAGUAAAACGAGAAAACUACAAGACGAUAUUGCGUGAAUUUCAUCGAAUCCUAAAACCUGGUGGUUCAUUCAUUUCCGAUUCGAUACAUUUCGGAUCCAAGUCGACGCACGUUUUCUUGCAUGAGCACGUCAAGGGAAAUUUCCCACGUGCUUGGAAUUAUAUUGAUUUUUCCGUGUCACAGCACUUUGAAGUGAUUCCUAAUUUCGUUGAAACGAUAUUGAUUGAAUUGAAUUCGAUAUUUGGCAAGGGUAAUGUGAGAUUUGGCAUAACUUUACUAUCCUCGCUGUCGGAGGUCAAUUAUUUCUUGGCCAAGUUUGGAGGGUUGAAGUUGUUUGAAAUGAUUGGGAAGUUGGGUGAAUAUUGUGACUACUUUGACGACGAUGAGACUGUUAGGUCGCAAAAUGAAUUGAGUGUGCAUUUCCAAGUGCACAUUGAAGCGAUCAAAAGGGCAUGA